CGCAUAAACCACCCGCUCUACCUCUCCACGCGGCCAGCCUGACUCCUCCAGACCAGUCCUCACCCCUGCUCGCCGCGAACGAAGCACAGCUCCUUGCCUCCGUCACCGCUCUCCGUGGCCGGCGAACAUGAUGUCCGGCGGUGGGUACUCCGCCCUCGACGACCCCAAGGCCUCCGGAUCCGUCCCGGCGGCCACCGGGACAGAUCCGCAGGCCAUCAGGUUUGCCGACUCCAACCUCCAGACCUUCCCGCCGUCCGAGGCCAGGGGCAAGAUCGCUGGCGCCUACCGCCCGCCCACCGACGCCGACGAUACCUUCUCGUCCAAGGGCGGAGGAGCCGGAAGCGGUGGCAGAGGCGGCAGCGCAGGGUCGGAUGAUGCCGCGCAGGGCGGCUGGUUCCGCAUGUUCUCCGUGGCGGCGUACAAGCCCUACUUCGACGUCGACACGUCUGACGUUGUCGAGAGGAUCUGGGAGUCCGUCUUCCCCUUCCGCGGCACAUUUACCGAGAAGACCUCCGAGAACCCCGACCUGUAUGGGCCAUUUUGGACAUGCACCACCCUGAUUUUCGUUGCUGCAUCUAUUGCUACUUUUGUCACCUACCUAUCCCACAAAUGGCACAAGAAGGAAUGGAACUAUGAUAUCAACUUGGUUACCUGGUCUGCUGGGUUAUUCUAUGGCUACGUGACAUUUGUUCCUCUUCUUUUAUAUGUUAUUCUCAAGUACUUGUCAGCACCUGCUGGUUUGGUGCAAUUGUGGUGCCUAUAUGGAUAUUCUCUGUUCAUAUUCAUUCCAGCAUCGCUUCUGUCUAUUGUGCCAAUAGAAAUAUUCAGAUGGGUGAUUGCUGGUGUUGCUGGUUUCAUGUCUGCUACUUUCGUUGCUGUAAAUCUCCGCGCACACAUUGUAAAUUCCGGCGAGCGAUGGUUCCUGAUCGUUGCAGGGAUAUUCUUGUUGCAGUUGGGGCUUGCUGUUUUGCUGAAACUAUAUUUCUUCACGAUAACUGUAUAGGGUUAUUUACAUCUAAUGAUCGUACUAGUCAAGAAUACACACAAUUUUCCAUGUGGAAUCACUUCCAUGUUCAUUGAACAUUGAUGUAAUUUUUCCAUGUAUACAUCUUUCUUACACGUAGAAUUGAGAAGCCCCUGAAAUUGAAUUACAGCAGCCAAACAAGUACACAUGUGAUUGAUAUGGGUGAAGAGUCUGAUCUGUAGUCUAUUCUGUGUUCCACUGCUUGAGGUGAAUUUUGAAUGAG